CAUCUCAGUGGCAAGACUUUCCCCCCCGUCCCUCGCCCCCCGAAUCAAACACCGCCCGGGCGCAUGCACACGGCACACACAACACAAGCAAAGCUAGCAACGCCUCCCACCCCUCGCUGCAUCCGCUCCCUCGCAUCCGUGUUGCACUUCAUAUAACGACGGAAACGACCUACUGCUGCCUGAAUUCUCCGGCCGGGCUCUCCGUCACAAGUGCGCGAGCGCCGAUCCAGGCAUUUAUAAAAAAGGCAUGGGGCAUGAUGAAGCUGUAGUCAUUCAGAACUCAGGAAAAGCACCAUCACCUCCCAAGGAUCAACCAGCUCUUUAUCCAUGCCUUGAUUGGUCAACUAUGCAGGCAUAUUAUGGCCCAGGGAUCAUGCCACCAACAUAUUUUUGUCCUGGAUUAGUUCCUGGACAUGCCCCUCCCCCAUAUAUGUGGAGUCCUCAGCCACUGCUACCCUCUGCUUCGGCGAAGCCAUAUACUGCAGUACACCCACAUGGUGGAGGUUUCUCACAUCCUUUCAUGCCCCUAAUGGUGAACCCUUUGAGCGUUGAGCCAGCAAAAUCUGUGAACAGUGAUGAGAACAACCAAAAUAAGAAACUGAAGGAAGUUGAUGGGACUGCUGUGUCCACUGGCAGUGGCCACAGUGAAAAAACAAGUUGGGAUUGCAGCGUAGGAGGAUCAAGUGAUGGAAACAUCCAAAAGGCAAGUGGAACUCCCAAGAAAAGGCGCUUACAUGGUACGCCUAUAGCAGAUGGCAAGAAGGCUUUACAUUAUUCUGCAGCCCUGGAAACAGGUGGGACUACGACGGGUAACGAUGUACCUGGAGAACAAGGAAGACCAACGAAUCUGCCAAGUCUAUACAUUCCAGAUAGAGCAAUCAAACCGAAUGCUAGCACUGCUAGUGAUUUCAGUGUUAUUGGCACACCAAUAUCAACUGAAUUUCCAGACCAGCAGGAUCGCAAGGAGUCAAAGCGUGAACGAAGAAAACAAUCAAAUAGGGAGUCUGCACGACGGUCAAGGCUGAGGAAGCAGGCCGAGACUGAGGAACUGGCUAAAAAGGUAGAGUUACUAACUGCAGAGAACACAUCCCUUAGACGUGACAUAAGAAGGCUAACAGAAAGCUCCAAAAAACUCAGAUCAGAGAACUCUGCUCUAAUGGCGACACUAACAGAGGCCGCGCCAGAUCAGACGCCAGAAGCGUCCGCAGACCAAACAGCUGAACAGUCAGCCCGUGCUGCCAAAAAUUUCAUGCCAGUUAUGGACAGCACGAGCGCAUCAAGGAACAGCGGGCACAUGGCGCAUGGCGUGCCCAAGCUUCGUCAACUCCUGGGCUCUCGUCUGGCAAGCGACGCCGUGGCUGCACGCUGAUGUGGCCUGGCGAGAUUAACAUGUGUGUGGAGCUAGUUACGAUCGAUCUGAUCGUUGUACACCUAUAGUAGCUGCAUGCUGAUGUGCGACCGAACGCACACAUGUGGCUUGGCGAGAUUAACAUGUGGUUUGGAGCUAGUUACGAUCGAUCUGAUCGUCGUACACCUGUAAAUUAACCGUUAAGAUGAGAUGGGGUCUUCUAACCACCCCACGGAGAUAUUUUGGAACCUCCACCGACCAACGGUAUAUAUACGGGGCGAAGCUAAGUGGCGGAGCUCCGCCUGGUUUUGUAUCGGCGGACGAUUCCGACCAAGUGUGGUCCCGCGCACUCC